AUGACAGCCCUCCUCCUACCUGGUCUCGCCCUCGCCAACGACGCGACUUCCUCACCCACCCAGCUCUCCACCCCAUUUACCGACCAGACCACCGGCCUCGCCAUGGAACGCUUCUUCGGUGCCCGCACAUCCUUCUCUUUCGCAUUUGCCCUUCCCCCCACACCACCAGCGGCAGGCACGGCGGGAUCCUUCAUCGGCCAAAUGACCUUUCCACUCAGCCAGGGUCAGGGAUGGGGUGCCCUAGGCCUGAUAGGAGACAUGGAGGGCAACUUCAUCCUCGCGGCCUGGCCAGACGGCAAGGGCGGCGUGAUGGCCUCGUUCCGCCAGGCCAUCGACGAGGACAACCCGGCCGAGGUGACGGGCGCCUUCUCGGUCAAGCCCAUCCCGGGGGCCGACGGGACCGGCGUCUCGGUGAACCAGACCUCCCUGGCGUACACGUUCCUGUGCGACAAGUGUCUCGACAGCACCCUGGGGCUGGGGCCCGAGGCCAUCGCGGCGGGCUCGGCCGUCAUGGGCUGGGCGCUGUCGGAGCGCCCGCCGAUCGGAGACCCGAGCGACCCCGGCGCGCGGCUGGGCUUUCACGAGCGCGGGUUCGGCCCCUUCACCGCGAGGCUGGCGCAGGCCAUGACGGCUGGUUUCGACGCGGUCGCGGCCACGGUGGCCAGGACUGCCCCGGUGCCGGCGUCGAGGGCAGCUGUGGCGGCUGUGCCUGGAGCGGCGGCUGGGAAUGGGGGAGACAGUGGUGAUGAAGAGGACAGUGGGAAUGAAGGAGGUGGUGAUGGUGACGACAGCGAUGAUGAGGAUGACUAG